AUGGCGACGACAGAGUGGCUGUUCUUCGAUAAUGAGAGUACCUCAUCAUAUUCUCAUUUGUUCUGUGAUGCAGGAUUAAUUGUCCAAUUUGGCAUUCAGGGAAUGUCUCCGUCCCUACCAGAUGCAUUUCAGGACGACACAAUCUAUAAUUAUUGUCGCAACGUACCUACGGCAACAUUUGAGACUGCGAAUUUUACGCAUACGAAAUCUCUCCCUCUUAAAUCCGCUGGUAAUGGAUUUGUUCAAUCAGAGAACUCAUCUUCGGACUCGAGAGUCCCCUUCUUUCUUCCUUGUGCACCAGUCACAAGCUCUACAAACACAGAGCCUUUUGAGGUGUCCUAUGUCACUGAGGCACAUAGCCACGCUGCCCCAACAUCCACAAAACUGUCUCCAGAAGCAUCUUCUUUCGUUCCAAGUCUUGAUGUCGGACACUUGGAUCCUCCUCACAGAAAUGGCUACUUAGAGCAGAAAGGUUGCACUUCAACUCUGUCUCCCUCUCGAGUCCUCUAUAGUUCAGCUCGUGACGCUCAUUUGGAGUUUCGCGAAUCUGAUCUUGAAAGUCUCGGAGACUUGCCGACGUCCACCACAAUAAACAGUCGGUUGACUUCACCGUGCAACCCACCUAAGGGCCUUUCUAUGAAAGAGCUUAACGAUAUCAUCAACUACAAACCCCACCUAAUCGAAGAUAGACUUCGUAAAUUAGGACUAAAGUUCACUGUUGAACCUGAGGCCAUCUUCACGACUAAAACUAAACAGCCCAGUCACCCAGUCGCCGAUGAUGUAAUUAGCAUCAAAGAUGAACAUCCUAAGGCCAAUUCUUGGUUUGAAACUGGCUACUAUAAUCAAUCUUGCGAUGAAGCAGAUCACGCUUUUGAGCUCUGCACAAGACAUGCUCAAGCUCAUACCGAUGUUGAAGCCUUUCCACCUCCUUACCUAGAUGCAAUCACGGAGGCCAAGCUAACGUCAUGGGCAAAUUCAAUAGAAGAUGAAGAUGAAGAGGAGCAAUCACUGCAGACUACAACAAAUUCACAGUAUUCAGGUGUCUCAGAUCGAAUUGCUCGUCCUGUUGGUCUCGUCUUUGAGCCAUCUCCACAAAACAAAUUCCUUGUCUAUGGAAACCGCAGUCUUGAAUUUUUCGAGCCGCACAUGAGCAUUGAGGCGCGCAUCGAGAAACUCUGCAAGCUCGGAGAUCGCUCAUUUGAAGAUCGCGAUGUUGCGGCAAAUCCAGAAACUGCAUGGAGACAGAGACGACUCGAAGAGAAGUCUAGAAAGCGGGCAAUGGAUGACGCUUAUUUUCAGCACUUUCGCUACACAGCCUUUGACGACAGCGAAGAUGGCUUCAGCGUUAGUGAACUCGCAGUACGAAUAGCGGAAUUCCAUAUGGAUGAUUGUCCGGAUACUGCUUCUCUAUCGUCUGCUUUGAUGAGCGCCUACGAAUACACGUAUAUUACAGCACCACAGACUGUUUGUGCCGAAUUUGCUUCAAUUUUUAUUGACAAAGACGAAGCAGGUGCAGAUACUUAUGCCACCAAGAUUUACGAUAACAGCAUGCCAGAACUUUGUGGUAUCAAUCGCUUAGGCUUCUAUCGUGAAUUCGUCGACUUAGAAACGAGCUACAAUGAUGAAGAUACUCAUUUUCAAGGAGAAAAACCAAAUUCGACCGUCGUUUAUCAUGACAUGAAUCGUCGAUUCUGUCUGUUACGCCGCCUUGUUCUGCACGCACGUCCAUCUAUCUGGCAUGGUAAAAUGAUAGACGAGCGAAUUGCGGCUUUCGAAUUGUUGAAGAACUCAAAUCUCCGGCUGAUGAAAGCACCGGUUGUGUUCGGUGACGAUAUUGAAAAGGUAAAGGCUACCGGAUUGUCUUACCGGCGUGGUUACUCCAAACGAAUGAGCUUCUUGGACAUUAGAAAGAAGCUUAUGCAGGAGUCGAAAGAUGGUUGGAAGAACCUCCCCAAACUUCUCAAAGAGUAUAUUGGACCCUCGCGCCUACGCCAAGUCCAGACACAUAAUGCCGAAGUGAAAACGGAAUCGCCAGCUGCUGCGCGAAGAUUGCAAGCCGCCAAAAGCUAUUAUGAGUCCAGGCUCAAAGCACUUCCAACAAUGACCUUGGAAUAUCUAAAAGCUUUGAAUGAUUACCGUCAAGAAUCUCAAACCAUCACCAAUUCGUCCUCGAAUGAAGAAAUUCUGAAUUUCUUUCGUCGACGUUGGACACGUCGACAGUUGGAAAAUCAAGAUGCCAAUCAAAUCAUGAAGCACCACAUGAAAACAGCAAUACCCUUACAUGCAAUUUGUGCCGGUAAACACGAUAAAGCGAACAAAUGCGCUGGCACUUUUAGCAAUGGUGUUGGUAAGAUCAUUACUUUGGGACAAGGCAACUCGAAUUCCGAAGGCAACGUUGGCUAUUCUGAUCUUGAGACUAUUAUUGACCAUCACUCUGAUCAGCCGUAUGACAAGUGGAUGAACCAAAUCUGGGCUGGUCUAUCGAUAUCGAACACCUUUGUCGACUCUGACGAGGAAGAAGUCAUCGAGAUGAGGUGUGAUACGAAGCUUGAACUUGAUCAAACUGGGGCUCAAGAAAAAUCUUUGAGCUUACGAAAGGCUCUAGACACUCUAAGGAUGUCACUACUCCAAACAACGCCUCCUUUAGUUGCGAACACGCCCUCUUUUGUCACAUUCGGCCUUCUCGAUAAGGCAAUAAUUUGUCUUUCUCCGCUGCGAUUCAAAGUCGUCUUGGAUCUUGGAAAUGUGAACCACAAAAUCCUUGAAGGCACACGCAAGAGACUGCACUCGGCUGUGGUCAAAAACUAUGUGGAUCCUUUCACCCAAGAUCAAUUCGAACAUCAUGAUAUCUUCGAAACAAAUCCAAUCGAUCGUAUAUUUCGUAACCCUCGGUCUGAUUUACUACACUCAGGAGAUAAAAGCAACCAAGAAUCAACAGCGCUUCUGCGCUCGGAUCGAGUGCUCCAUGCGUGUAACGGUAUCUCUGAAGACCAUAUUUGCCAGCCCAGGGACAAAACCGCUCCUGCGUAUAGGCAACUAGCUGGAAACUCUUAUACCAAGGGACACAUUUUGAGGCCAUCUGUUUCAUUUGACUCUUGCUCAUUUGAUGGCGAGCCGCGUGGCUCUUUAGAUGCGACCAGCUACUUAACGACAUUGGAGGAAGAAUAUGCUCACGCGAAAUCAUUGUUGUAUAUUGCUGGCGUUGUUCUGCUUGCUUGCCUUCUGUGGUGA